GUUCUAUUUUCGAUUUUUAGUAUUUUCUAUUAACUGUCUAGGAGUUAUGUCUUUUAAGAAGAAAAGUGUGAGUGCCGGCAAAUUAUAUAAUGUGUGUUCAAUCGUACAGGAUGUUCCUUAAAAGCUUGUGGACAUUCGUAUCAAUAAUGACGGUUAAGAAAGGAAGCCGGUGUGGCGGCUUAGCUGCAAUAUUGACGCGACAGAAGCUUCACAAUUCCAAUCAACAGCUGGACAUAACUGCCAUUAGUAAAUCAAAUCACAGUUACAACACCAGUGUCGGUUUCAACGAGAAAGAUCAGCUUCAACUAAUAACAAAGGAUGAAAGCAAUGAAGAUGAGAAACAAAAGCUGAUCAAAGAUUACGAUAUCAAGGCCGGCAAGCAAGAGAACAUCUGUAUAGACGACAUCGCAAACUGUGUCAACAUUGACAACUAUCCGAAUUGUGAAAACACGCUUGUUUUUUACGUUACAAAGAAUUCAAACAAAGAGGCCAUCGCUCUUAGAUUCGAAAACGAACAGGAUUACAAAAGAAUUUAUUUCACUUAUAAAUAUUUCAAAAUGCGAAACAGAUUGACAAGGAACAGUUACAGCAGCAGCGAUAGCUUGUUCACGAAAAAGAAAAACGUUGAUACGUACAACAGUAGGAACAAUGGCGUCGACGAUUACAAUUCGCUUGAUAAAACGCGAUCCGAGUUCGAUCUGAUGCAGACCGUCGACAAUGACGGUAUGACACAUAUAUCAGUGCAACAGAAAGGCUUUAGCACCCGCUACGAUCAACCAUUAAGUCUGAUCGGAUUGAAAAAUGAUAGAGAUCACGGUGAAAUAGAUAGUGUUAUUUAUACAGAUAUAGAUAUACCGACUAAGCCGGAGAAGAAGAGAUUAUUUCACAAAAAAACCAAGGCGCCUCCUCCUCCGUUGCCUAUUAACAAAGAAACUCCAAAGAUACUUAAGGGCGAAUUCGUAAGAGUGAAUGUUGAAAGAUCACCAGACGUAAUACCUAAAGACAACAAGCACAAUAAAAUACCAGAUAUUCUAAUGCUAAGAGAUAAUAAAUCGAAAAAGAACAAUCAGAGCAAUCUGUGGACCGUUAGCAACAAAGUGACCAACGGCUACGAAUCAGACAGAGAAGAGUGGAGAAGCAGCCGCUCACAGUUCUCCACAACCGCCUUCGACAGCCUCGCUCGGCCUACAAAAAUGGCAAUGGCGUUAACAUUUAAAAAGCCCCAAAGACUCGAACCAGUACCGCAAUAUUUUCGCCUAACGAGCGAUUCGAAACCCAAACUCACCCCCCUACCGUUCCGCCCGAACAACUUUCUCCAAAGAGCACCGAGAUUGCCGCGACCCAGCACAGAGAUCAAAAGGAAUCUCACGACGGAUCAUAGGAAAUAUAUGUCGCUACAAAAUCUCGAACUACCGAAGAAGCUAAGCGAACCAAAAAAGCAGAAUGACAAAAAGGCGAACUACAGCAACAUCUCACACAGGAUAACGGGUCUUACGAAUAAACUACGUGAUUUAGGUAAUGGCAACACCAUCGGUAGAUUUAGAGCUCAAUCGCAAAGUGAUGUUGCGAAUUUAAAACCAGUAUUGAAAAUGAACGUUCACGAUGGAACGAAACGUUCAGUUGUAAGGACUUGUAGUGUAGAACCACCAAAGAAAGUUACGUUUAGUGCCUUCGCCACCGUUCAAGUAGUUUAAAUUUUAAAAAGUUAAGCUCAAUUUUGGCGGGCCUUAAAUUAUAACCUUACAUUCAUAGUAUUAAGGUUAAAUAAAUAUAAAAACAUUGACUUUUAAAUAUUUUCUGUAAUAAGUAUUUAAUUGUUGUAAUAAUUAUUUCUUUGUAAUGAUUCGAUUUGUUUCUUAACUUUGCCCUCAUUAACAAUUAAGCCUAAAAAUGUAUUUCCAAUUUUGAUUAACUAAUACUAAUAGUUGUAUAUCAUAGAUAAGUAGUAAACAAACAAAGGAAAAGGUAUUAUUUAAGUACAAGUCAUGCUAUAAUUAGGGUUCCGUAGACUAAGAGAUAUUUUUUUAUAACUAAAUAUUUUUUUAUAAUAUGACACACGUGUCAACAAAUUUGAUUUGGUCAUGUAAUUUUUGGGGGGUUGAGGUUUUGCCAAUAGCACUAACGUUUUGAGUAACGUUUCCUGCAGACUGACGGGUAAUUUUG